AUGGACGUUGAGACGCCACGCGCGACGCGUGUUGCAUCCACAAGCGGAUACUCAUAUGAAGAGAAACAAAGCAUCCUCGAGAAUCUGGACAUUGAAGUGGCCGACAAGAAACGGCGUUUUGAUGAUUAUCUUGACCGGCUGCUCAAGUCUUUCCUCCUCCGACAGGAGAGCGAGGUGACCCGGAUUCCCCGUUCCAUCCGGGGGAUGACUGUUCGCGAGUUUGGUGAGAAGUACCAGGGCGACAUACGGUUCUGUAUGGAGGCUAUGGCAAGGGAGAGGUUGGGGGAGGAAGGAAUGACGGAGAUUGAUGCGACUGCGAGAAAGAGAAAGAGACAAGAGUUCUCUGCUUCCCAAGAUUCCGAAAACACCAAGCCCACUAAGACUCCCCGUCAAGUCCAACCCUCUGCGAAGAAACCUGCUCCGACCCCUGGUCGGACACCCGGAAGAAGGCUAUUCAGCAAGCCCGCGCGUUCACCUUUGGCGCCGAAGAAUGGCCCUGAUGGCUUCCGAUCCAUCAUUUCGUCGACACCUCUGAAGCCCUCUGCAUCUGCCCCGCUACUAUCCCCGAACAAGAGGGCUCCUCCGCAAACUAAGUCCUCUCUCCGCCCUCCCAUGGCACAAACGUUCGACCCAUUACUCCCUAUCACGCCCGCCUUUCCCCGCAAGAUCCAACGGCAUGAGAGUCUCCUCUCAAUGAACGGUUCCCCGCUGGAGAAUCCGUACGUGCUCAUGGGACUUGACGUGGAGAGCAGCGGGGAGCACCACUUUCCCGGAGCGUUCGACCCCUCCGGUUUCCAUGAUAAAGGCAAGAAACGCAGCAGCAUCGCUGUGCACCGCCGCGGGCCAAAUCCCUCUACUGCUACCGGCUCUCAAAAGGACACGGCACAGGGCUCAGUGUUUCUUAGCGUGCCAACGAAAGACGGCCAGGUGCUCAAGUUCGAUCCUCUCCGCGCCCACCCCUCUGAGCUCGAGGCACUUGAGGGUAUCACCGACAGUGCUAAGAAGAAGGCGAAGGAGGACAUGGUUAAGCUUGUACAACAAACCCUCAGCAAGUGGACGUUGUGA